AUGAAUUGGAAUUCUAGAUAGCGAUUGCUUUCAUUUACAUUAUGCAUAAAAUUAGAAUACAAAGAGGAUUAACUUAAUAUAAUACGAAUGUCUUACUUUACUCUAAAGAAAUAUCUAUAAUUUAUAGAUAAUAAUGGAGUUGAUCAUAUUUAUGAAAUGCCAAUUUAGGAUAGAGUAUAUGAGAUUGUCUGGUAUUUUAUUGGAUUUGAGAUGGUCCCAAUUGAAAAUUGAUUUACUAUUUAUUUUUCUAAUCAUGAGCAAUUGAUUUAAACACAUUCGAUUUAGAUUGAAUUUCCAUUUUAUGAUGAAAAAUUGAAAUUAAUUUUUGGAGGAGACUUGAGUGUCAAACAUAAUCAAUAACUUCACAAUUCCUAAAAUGAAAAAUUAUCAUACUUUCUUGGAUAAGUUCUCAUUCUUAACUAUUAUUAAAUAUCUUCAUAACAUUAUUGUAAUACUGUGAUUUCUUUCAUCUUGAGCAGUAACAUAGAUGGGUGUAGAUGUGUACCGAGUUAAAAUACUAAAAUAAAUGAUUAAGUGAUUUAAAAAUAAGAAGAAUUUCUUUUUAUUUCUUCAAAACAAAUUGCUAAUAAUUUUUAUUAUCAUAUUGGAUAAAAAUUGAUGAUAUACACACUUUUGUAGACGAAUUUGAUUAUUAAUUAAUAAAAUUGA